AUGUCAGCUGACAGCCACCAGCUCCACACUCAUUCCUACCAGGACUCACUAAGUCUCCUGAAUGUCAACAGUCACUCCCUGUCGAAGAGCUCCUCAAAUCUGGCCUGUACCAGGCAAUCAAGUUUAGAGGAAAGGCUGAGCAACAAACAGGAGCUGAAGAAAAGCCACAGUAGCACCAUCUGCCAUACUCUGGGGAACAGAAGUGAUGCAAGGAGUGCACCGAGUCCUGGAUGGUCCUUCUCGCAGCCCAGGACAGUGGGACUUGGAUCAGUGGUCCAAACCAUAAGCGACCAGUCAGCCAAUGACAAUUUGCAGAGCAGAACUAAGACUGCAAACCAUUUCCUUACUGCUGAACAGCCCCCGGCACCCUGGGAAGUGGGUGAUGCUAAGACGUGUGUAAAGAGCAGCACUGUUGAGAACGUUCCUUCAGCCCGCAUUGUCCAGCAGCAAAGCAUGUGUGAAAUGGAAGAACCAGGAACUGCCCUUCGGAGAAGCCACUCAGACCUAACCUGCAGUUGCAAGCAGCAGACUUAUGUCACUCACGUAGAAGACAGUGGUGCUCACUCCAGCCUAAGCUCUUCUAGCUGCAGGCAUGGUCCACCAGUGGCCAGGAUGUCUUUCCAAACACAGACAUAUGGAUCUGAAACAAAUGAAAAUGCAUCUCACUAUCAAAACCUUGUGACUCAUUUUCCGAUUCUACCUAGAGAUCAAAAAGUACCCACCAAUAGCUUUGACAGUGGUGGUAUUCCACGUAACACAACUGUUUACACAGAUCCUGGGACAUUUCACGCUGCGGUUCUAGGACCUCACAUGCCUGGAAAUGGUUUCUCAAAUAGGACAAUGUUCAGUCAAGCCCCUGGGAUUAUUCAUGGUGGUCUGACUUAUGGUAAUAUUCCAAACUCUGUGUACUCCCCAAUGGUGAUGACAGUUCAUAACAAUUCUGCUGGGCCCUGUAAUAUGAGGCAGGAGCCUUGUAUGAAGGUAGAUGCCACCAUCCCUGCCUAUUGCCAUUCUUUGCCCAUACCAUCUAUACAGCUGGUUCCGCGGCUGGUGUGCUCGGUUAGUGAGUCAGGGAAGGAGCAGGCAGUGCCUGGCUAUUUUCAUUCCUUUUCUACUUCAGACAUUCUGACCUACCCUAAGCUGGUGUCUUCAGUAAGUGAAUCGGGCCUGGAUGCCAAACGAGUCCUGAAGUGCUGUAGCAUUCCAGGAGAACAAAUGCAACAUGCUCAACGCUGUGCUCAGCGGGAGGAAGCUCCUCCAGAAACAAAGGCUGCCUGUAUUGCCUUUAGCAGCCAGCAAGGUGCAGACAUGGCAAUGACAACUAAGGAUAUGUGGACUAUGACCUCUAUGAAUGAUUUAACCAAAGGACUGAAACCAGCUCUUGAGCGCAGAGAUGCCGAGGUACAAACUCUUCCAAUCAUGGAAUGCAAAUCUGUGGCAACGAGUCCAGCAACCGCCGCAGAAGGCCACUCGCAUGUGUUCCCAGAGGUGAACUUGGAGCAAGACUUGGAGGGCCCCAAAACUCCAGUACGUGAAGUGAGAUGGGAUGAUGAAGGAAUGACAUGGGAAGUCUACGGUGCAUCUGUGGAUCCAGAAGUCCUUGGCUUAGCCAUUCAGAAGCAUCUUGAGAUUCAGAUAGAACAAUUCCAGACAGAGCCUGCUCAGUCGACUGAGAAAAGUAACGAGGAGUCAUCUGCUGAUAAAACGGGGAAAAAAAGGCCGUUCAGAACAAUGAUGCAUUCCCUGAGAUAUCCGAGCUGUUGUGCCCGUUCUAGUACUGCAGUGGAGUGA